AUGAUGGAAGUUUGAGAGUUUAACAGGGGAGAAGUGAAUGAAAAGGACCGAACUGGAGACCGCCCCUACGCGACAUUUAAAAAAAAAAUCGAGUUUUUAAUUUCUUGGUGGAGGCUGUCACCUUUCAUAUAUGUGUUGGGACCUGAGCAUCGUGGAUUGUUGUAUGUUCGGUGGCUUUUAUUUUUUAAGGAUGUGUAGACGAGCUAGUGCGCUAGCCGUUGAAGCUAGCGGCUAGACGGAGCGCGAGCGGAGUGCGAGCGGGGUUCUGACAACCGUGAAGCGCCCGGAGAGGAUCCUCUCUCCGCCUUUGCGCUCAAUCACGGCGGCUACGGUGCGACCAGAGACUUGUCGUGCUCUAGAAAUUCUGCAGUUCGAGACGUGGGAAGUUGCUUAUUGUUUCACCCGGGGCUCGUCUGAGCCGAGGAGGGCAUUUUGGAAGCCGGGCCUGUGGUGGUUUGGAGCGAGGCCCUUGAUGAGAGAGCCACAGCAGACUCAAUACUAGCUAGCAGGGGGACUGCGAAACCAGCAGAUCAUAAAGACGACGUGUCGUCGGAAAGCAACAAUACUCCCUCUCACACUAAAAACCUUAAAGACUCCUUUCACAGCAAUGGCUGCGAUCAUAAAGGAAUUUGUCAGUCGAAACAAAAGGAGAUACCAGGAAGAUGGGUUCGACUUGGACCUUACAUAUAUAUACCCAAAUAUUAUAGCAAUGGGUUUUCCGGCUGAAAGACUUGAGGGUGUAUACAGGAAUAACAUUGACGACGUCGUAAGAUUCUUGGACUCGAAGCAUAAAAACUAUUACAAGAUAUAUAAUCUAUGUGCAGAAAGACAUUAUGAUACUGCCAAAUUUAACUGCAGAGUUGCACAGUAUCCAUUUGAAGACCACAAUCCUCCUCAGCUAGAGCUUAUUAAGCCUUUCUGUGAAGAUCUGGAUAAGUGGCUCAGUGAAAAUGACAAUCAUGUGGCUGCCAUUCACUGCAAAGCUGGAAAGGGACGUACGGGUGUCAUGAUUUGUGCGUACUUGUUACACCGAGGCAAAUUCAAAAAAGCACAAGAGGCUCUGGACUUCUAUGGUGAAGUUCGAACCAGAGACAAGAAGGGAGUGACUAUACCCAGUCAGAGGCGAUAUGUGUACUACUAUAGCUACCUUCUGAAGAAUAAGCUCGAGUACAAACCUGUGGCCUUGCUCUUUCACAAGAUGGUGUUUGAGACAGUGCCUAUGUUCAGUGGAGGGACCUGCAGGGAUUCUGCUGUAAAAAGCAAGAGUGAGCAGAUUCCACAUGGGUUCAGAAAAGCCAAUUGGCAUUGGGAUCCUCAGUUUGUGGUGUACCAGCUGAAGGUGAAAAUCCACACUUCCAACCCAGUGCACACAAGGCGAGAGGAGAAAUACAUGUACUUUGAGUUUCCGCAGCCGUUGCCGGUUUGUGGGGACAUCAAGGUGGAGUUCUUCCACAAGCAGAACAAGAUGAUGAAAAAGGACAAGAUGUUUCACUUCUGGGUGAACACCUUCUUCAUCCCUGGACCAGAGGAGAGCUCAGAGAAAGUUGAAAACGGAGGUUUAGUGAAGGAACUGGAUGGAAUCCAAACAACAGAACGGGGAGAGAAUGACAAGGAUUAUCUAAUCCUGACUUUAACCAAGAACGACUUGGAUAAAGCCAAUAAGGAUAAAGCCAACCGAUACUUCUCUCCAAACUUCAAGGUGAAGCUGUACUUCACAAAAACAGUGGAGGAACCAUCCAACUCGGAGGCCAGCACUUCUACAUCUGUAACCCCAGAUGUUAGCGAUAAUGAACCGGACCAUUACCGGUAUUCGGACACAACAGACUCGGACCCUGAAAAUGAACAGUAUGAUGAAGAACAGAUUACUAAAGUUUGAAAUAUUUUUAUGGGAAGAAAAAAAGAAACCAUACGUAAUAGAGUUGUAUAAAGGAGAAAACUUGAAUAUGAACUGAAAGCAAGUACUUUUUUUUUUUUUUUUCACCCACCAACCCCUCCUUUUUUUUUUUUUUGCUAAAUCUUUUUCCUCCAAGCAGAAGUAAGACACGUCACACAAAACGCCACCAGUUUUAGGGACAAAAAUGCGGACCAAUUUUUCAUUUGUCCAUCUGCCCCUCUCCGUGAAGUAUCAACACUGAUGUUCUGUGGAGAACGGCAUCAUGUAAAUACAUGUUCAUGCUGUAACACGAGAAAGGAAACCCGGUCAGAAUGGGAGAUCGUUUAUGGGAGACAUCCAGUGGAUAUUGAAAUUUGCUGCUCCAUCAACCUGUUGACACCAAGGCCAGUGCUUUAAUCAGCAUUCAUGCCCCCAUGUCUGUCCUACUUUAGUCUGUCCUACCUACUGUGAAACUCUUCUCAUGCUGCUGGAAGGCUGCCACGCUUCAGUCGGGCUCUGCAGUGGAAUAUUUCAGUGUGCUUUCAUCAUUUAUUAUUAUUACCACUGCUAAAGUGGAGGUGGUAAUGAUUCUUUUAAACUACAUGACAUUGGCAGUAAACACAAAGCUCCAUGUAUUAUUAUUAUUAUUUUGUUUGUCCUCCUCUUUUUUUAAUGCAAACACACAACACAACAGGGAAACCAGUGUUGCAAUAAUGUUGAUCGAAGGUGUGCAUGUUAUUGGAAUCAGUUUCCAUGUUGUCAAAUAAAUAGUAUACAAUGUU